CCUGAUCCGGUCGACGCCGAAGGAAGCAUGAUCCGAUACAUUUGGUCGGUGAUCUACUGGUAUUUCAGACCUCUGAUAAAAUGGUUCUUGCGCCACACGACGCAAAUGUGUGAGCUGCAAAGAAUCUGCUAUGGAGAACCGUUCGGGGCACCUAGGACGACGGCAGUGGAACGAUCGCUUAGAAGUUCACGUAAUGCGAAUAUCAAGACGUUGUUGAUGUAUCUGGAUGAUGCUAGUGACCAACGAGGAAUUGACAAUAGAUCGGAGCGAAAGAUUUUAGAGGAAGCUAUCGGAACUGUCCUGACAACGAAGAAGAUAAACCCUAUAGCUCACCCAGACUUCGCCAAGAGUUUUGGAAAGUGCGUGGAAUUAAUCUGGGGAUAUCGGCAGCUGUGUGUCGAGUGUGAGGAGCUUAGAAGAACUCCGUAUAAUACAGAUGAUCCGAAGCACGAACUGCUUCUGUUGAAACUGUGGAAUUUAUUAAUGCCACACGAGCCACUUGAUGCUCGAGUGACUAAACAGUGGCAGGACAUUGGAUUCCAAGGUGACGAUCCUAAAACUGAUUUUCGUGGCAUGGGCAUUCUAGGACUAGAGAAUCUUGUUUACUUUGCGCAAGAGUAUCAUAGUGCCGCCACUCAUGUUUUACUGCAUUCCACUCAUCCUCGGUAUGGCUACGCCUUUGCAAUAGUAGGAAUAAACCUCACUAGUAUGGCUUUACGUUUAUUGCGAGAUGGAACAGCGAAGGUACAUAUUUAUAAUUCUUGCAAGACUCUACCAACAAUUCGUGCCUUUCAUCAGUUUUACUGUUACCUGUUUUAUGAAUUCGAUGGCUUUUGGAUAGAAUCCAAGCCCAGUAACAUGAUGGAGUUCUCGUCGAUACAAGAAAAAUUUGAAAACAGCAUCCGGAUGGCCUUAGCCAACCCUACCACUGUGUUUAGGAUAAAUGUAUCCGUGGACAAUAUUUAAUACAGAUAUGACUCGAUAAAAAGUGUCAGUCGUAAAGUCUAACUUUUGUCUCCUUUGCGAUAUGUUAACUGACGCCGAAGAAAAAUAUCUAUCAUAACGAAAGAGUUAUAUCUAAGUCAGGAAUGUAUAUUUAAUUGUCACGCAGAGCUCUUAAGAAUUAUGUCUGGCACUUCUUCACUCACCGUACGAAGUACCGCAAGUGUGUUACACCGAGUCGUUGAUUUGCAAGUGUGCCGAAUGUCCAACAUUCCUUGUAGGAGUGACUACAAUUUACAACUACAUUCUUCAAACUACACAGCCAGAGUUUAUUGUACGCUUUUUAAAAAUCUACUUAAAGUCCUUUCACCGAUCGAUAAAAAAGGAAAUAUAUAUUUGUACAAG